CGGGCAGCAGGAAAAGAUGCCAAAAAGUAAGCUACAAUCAGGAAUGGAAAAACAUCCACAGUACAUAUCCAGCCCGCCUUCCCAGCCGCCUAUUCUCCUAGAGCUGGAGUAGUUGACAGACAGCUCGUCUCGGCCUUUCCAGCCUCUCAUUUUCUCGCAGUUAGCCCUCCUAGACGCUGUUUUGGUAUGAACAGAAUUCGGAUUCACGUCCUGCCAACCAACCGGGGGAGGAUUACGCCAGUGCCCAGGUCGCAGGAGCCCUUGUCUUGUUCAUUCACUCAUCGCCCAUGCUCUCAGCCUCGUCUGGAAGGACAGGAAUUCUGCAUUAAGCAUAUCCUCGAAGACAAGAAUGCGCCCUUCAAGCAGUGUAGUUAUAUAUCCACGAAGAAUGGAAAAAGAUGUCCCAGUGCUGCCCCAAAGCCAGAAAAGAAAGAUAGUGUGUCCUUCUGUGCUGAACAUGCCCGUAGGAAUGCCUUAGCAGUUCAUGCUCAGAUGAAGAAGACCAGCCCAGGGCCUAUGGGUGAAACACUGUUGUGUCAGCUGAGUUCAUAUGCUAAGACGGAAGUGGGCUCUCAGACUCCAGAAAGUAUCCGUAGUGAAGCCAGUCGAAUACUGGAUGAAGACAGCUGGAGUGAUGGGGACCAGGAACCCAUUACUGUGGAUCAGACAUGGAGAGGUGACCCUGACAGUGAAGCUGAUAGCAUAGACAGUGAUCAAGAAGAUCCCCUGAAACAUGCUGGUGUCUACACAGCAGAAGAAGUGGCCCUGAUUAUGCGAGAGAAAUUAAUUCGUUUGCAGUCUUUGUACAUUGAUCAGUUUAAACGACUUCAGCAUCUGCUCAAGGAGAAGAAGCGCCGGUACUUACAUAACCGCAAAGUGGAACAUGAGGCUUUAGGCAACAGUCUCCUGACUGGCCCAGAGGGACUUUUAGCUAAAGAACGAGAAAAUUUAAAGCGAUUAAAAUGUCUCCGGCGAUAUCGCCAGCGCUAUGGAGUGGAGGCCUUACUACACAGGCAACUGAAGGAACGCAGAAUGCUGGCCACAGAUGGUGGUGCCCAGCAGGCCCAUACCACUCGUUCCAGUCAGAGGUGCUUGGCCUUUGUGGAUGAUGUUCGUUGUUCCAAUCAGUCUCUUCCAAUGACCAGACACUGCCUUACUCAUAUUUGUCAGGAUACGAAUCAAGUUCUCUUCAAAUGCUGCCAGGGAUCUGAAGAGGUCCCCUGCAACAAAGCAGUUCCUGUAAGCCUUUCUGAGGAUCCCUGCUGUCCACUGCAUUUCCAGCUGCCUCCUCAGAUGUAUAAGCCCGAGCAGGUACUGUCUGUGCCAGACGAUCUGGAAGCCGGCCCCAUGGAUCUGUACUUGAGUGCUGCUGAGCUCCAGCCCACUGAGAGUUUACCACUGGAGUUCAGUGAUGACUUGGAUGUUGUAGGUGAUGGUAUGCAGUGCCCUCCUUCACCCUUGCUUUUUGAUCCUUCACUAAGCCUUGAAGAUCAUUCAAUCAAAGAAAUUGCUGAAGGCCCAGUGGACAUACUGGGCCAGAUGCAAAUGGCUGGAGAUGGGUGCAGAUCCCAGGGAUCUCGAAAUUCUGAGAAAGUCUGUGCACCAUUGCCUCAAAGUGGAUUGGCUACUGCAAAUGGGAAGCGAGAACCCACUUCUGUCAGUUGACAGUUUGUUUUCCCUCUAAAUAAAAGCUAAAUUUGGGGAGAAUGGGUCAUUAGUGUCCAAAAGUUGUGGGUUUCUUUCCAUCUUGGGCAAGGAGGAAAGGUAAUCUUUAUCUCUGGGAUUGAGUGAAUGUUUGGAACUUUGCCUAAUGGGGAAGACAUCUUUGGAGUGGCAUUUCCUAAGUCAUGGGCAAAAAAUCCACAUAGAUGACUAGGUGGGGGCUGUGUUUAAGAAUGGUGCCUUUGAAAUAUUGAUUGGUUAUCAGUGUCUGGUUAUCUAUCCAAAGGCCUGCAUUUCAGCGUUUCGUUAUCACAUUCACUUAAGUCUGACCCCUUCUUAACUGAGUGCUUGACUUUUAUCCUCUGAGAACUAUCCCAGAGGACUGGGCCCUCCUUAACCAUGUAUCCUUUAAUCUAUGUAAAUUUCUGUGGUGGGCUAUCUUAUGUAAGAUACAGUACGAAUUUAUUGUAUAUAGUUUCUAUUAAAUGUUAAUACUUGGAAAUGUAAAA